UUGGAAUCACAUAGAAACUUUAAAGAGAGCCUGUGUGGCAUCAUGGUUUGAACAUUUGACUAUGACUGUAGAACAGGGUUAAUAUUAUCCUUCUUAACAGUUGAAAUAGAGGUAGGAAUAGAACUUCCCCAUUUUAUAGCAGACGCCUGAAGACCUGAGCGCUGCUUGAGAAAUUUCCUAAGUGCUGCAAAACUCUUGAGUUUCACACCGUAAGAGCCAUCCUUGCUUGGGCCCCUCGGAUUGGGAGCCCUCUUGAAGCAGCUGCCUCAGCCAGACUUGGAAGGUGGUGACUCCUCCUGAAGAAGGACAUUUACCUCUACCUGAAGGAGUGAAGCCAUGGCUGCAGAGAAUUCCAGGAAGAGAUUUCGCGAGGAAGCAACUUGCCCCAUCUGCCUCAAUUACUUCACGAGCCCCAUGAUGCUCGAAUGCGGGCACAACUUCUGUGAAAUCUGCAUCCGUCGAUGCUGGCAGAAGCCUGAUAUACCAACCCAGUGCCCACAGUGCCGAGGGCCUGUGAAGAAACACUUCAAGCCCAACCGGUGCCUCAUGAACAUGGUUGAAAUCCUGAAUGACUGGGAUAUGGAGAGUGAGGGACACAGCUUGCCCUCUGAAUGCCAGCAACACCAACAUCUCCUGUCUCUCUUCUGCAAAGAGGAUCAAGCCCUGCUUUGUGGGGAUUGUGAGGGCUCCCAGGAGCACCUGGGUCACAACAUGGCCCCCAUGGAAGAAGCCGCCCAGGAGUACAAGGAUCAGAUGUGGAAUUUACUGGAGAUUUUAAGGAAGGCAAAAGCAAGCAUUUUGGAUUAUAGAGGUAGCACAGAAAGUCAAGGAGAAGACAUGAAUGAAAGAAUAAAAGGCGAGAUGCUAAUGAUUACUGAUUUCUUCCAUAACCUGCGCAAGUUUCUGGAAGAGCAGGAGAAGCUUCUGCUGACCCAGAUUGUUGAAGUAGAAACAGAGACUAGACGGAGAAGGGAUGACCAUCUGGUCAAAAUAUCCAGUGAGCUCUCAUCUCUUGAAAGGCUCAUCCUGAGGUUGGAGAAGAAGUGCCAGCAGCCAGCAAGUGAGCUCCUACAGAACAUUCAAACCACCUUGGUAAAGUAUAAGGAGAGACAGAAGUUUGAGACUCCAGAGGUUUUUCCUCCCGAGCUGAAAUUAAGGACUUGGGAAUUCGUUGACAUCCACCAUUUUAUUCAGGCAGUUAUGAAACAGUUCAAAGAUGAUCUAACAGCUGGACUUUCUAUUCAGAAAGCAAAUCUAACUCUUGAUCCAGGCACUGCUAGUCCUAAUCUUAUUGUGUCUGCAGAUCAGAAAAGUGUGAGAGCAAAACCUCAAGACCUGGCCACAAACCAAGAGAGAUUCGGAGUCACUUCUAUUGUGCUCGGAAGCCCAGUGUUGACCAGAGGAAGACACUUUUGGGAUGUCAGUUUGGAAGAUGCGGAACAUUGGGCUGUUGGGGUUGUCAGAGAAUCUGCAGUGAAAGACCUUUCAGAGUUUAUUAUGAGACGGAGUUGUUUCAAAGCCGAUUCUAAGAAAGGCAUCUGGGCUCUACAGAGCCCCACUGGGAGCUGCUUGCCUCCCCAAAGCACUCAGGUCUUAUCUGUGCAGAAUCUUAAGAGAGUCCGAGUGACUCUGAAUUACACAGGGCAGCGAGUGGCCUUUUUCAACAUUGACCAUGGCAAGAUCAUCUUUGCUUUUAUGCCUGCUCCCUUCUCAGAUGAGCCUAUUAUCCCCUUCUUUUGGCUGGGGGAAGGAGACAGUCUGAUUCUCUUGCCCUAAGGUUGUGGAGCAGUGCAGGGGCUCUCUUUCACUCUGGCUACCAGAGUAUUGUACCUUUGCAAAAUAUGCUUACAAAUGGCCCUAUGUGGAUUGUUUAUUGUACUGGUUUGUUUAAGAAAUUCUCUGUAAGUAAUAAAUAAAAAAACAUUAAAGAGUUUUUAUAUGAUCAUAA